CUCUCACACAGCGCCCUCCCAAACGGGGCCGGGGGAAGCCGGCACUGUCUAAAGUCCCCUUCCUGGACGGGGUGAACGGAGAUUCGGACUACACUGGCUCAGGCCGUAGCCUCCUGAUGCCGUUUGAGAACGGGGCGGAGCUGGAGCCCCUGGACCUGGUGUGGGCCAAGUGUCGAGGGUACCCGUCCUACCCCGCGCUGAUCAUCGACCCGGACAUGCCCCAGGAGGGGCUGCUGCACAACGGCGUGCCCAUCCCCGUGCCCCCCCAGGACGUGCUGAAGCUGGGGGAGCUCAGGCAGGAGGAGGUGGGGGAGAAGCUCUUCCUCGUGCUCUUCUUCGACAACAAGAGGACCUGGCAGUGGCUCCCGCGCAGUAAGGUGGUGCCGCUGGGCGUGGACGACACGGCCGACAAGCUGCGCAUGAUGGAGGGGCGCAAGACCAGCAUCCGCAAGUCGGUGCAGGUGGCGUACGACCGCGCCAUGAUCCACCUGAGCCGCGUGCGCGGAGACCACCCCUUCGUCACCUCCGGCUACCUGUAGGGGGCGCUCUCUCGAACCUGACGCACCCCGCACCUGAUGGGCCGGAAGGUUUGGCCCACUCGCCUUGGCCCCACACGCAAACGCAUCUAGAGAGAGAGAGAGAGUGUGCGGGCUGUCGGAAAGGAGGGGAAUGGGUGGGGGGGGUGUACUGACUUGCUUCCUAUGGGAGAAAAGGGUAAAAAAAGGUGUACUAUCAGGGGGUUUGGACUCCAUCAUGCUGGUCCACCUUGUGUGGGGCUGCACGUACGUGUGCGGUCCGUGUGAAUGCACCCUAAGAAUUUUUGGUCGGUUGAGGGACGCGGAGACUGCAGCAGAUUGGGGCGAGCUUCCAAGGGAACUCCUCCAUUUUGUUUCAAAGACUACUAUCAAAGAUAGAAAUGUUUGGGGAAGAAGAAUAAAAUAAAAUAAAAUAAAAUAAAAAAACAUUCACUUUUUUCAUAUUUAUACAAAAAAGUACAACAACAAAAAAAAAACCAAAAAAAAAAAAAAAAGCCACAAUGUACGAAUGGAUCACUGCCAUUUUCUUACAAUAGCUUUUUACUUUUUAAUAUUUUACAACCACUUUCUUGUACAUUUAAGAAGACACAUUCAUGUAUAUAUGUAUUUCUAUCAUACAGUACCUUUAAUUUUAUUUCAUUUUUGUUGAAAAUGAAAUGAGCCCCCAACAGGAAUGAAGAAAGGAGAGACGGUGUGUACAUACUUGUAAAAUACUCACUAAAUUACUGACUGGCUUCAAAAAAGUGUAUCCGCUUGUCUGUGAUGUCAAUAGUUCUACAUACAGUAUAUUCUCGUUGUUUUUUUUGAUAAACAAAAUGUAAUUUAUUUAUGGAAAGCAGAAAAAAAUAAAGAAAUGAAAUUAUAUAUAUUGGUUGACAAUUGAAAGUAAAUCUGUUAUUUAAGAUAAACUUAUUAAAAAGCAAGGGUUCCGCGGUGGGCUUCGUCACUGUAUCUGUAGUAAUAUUGAGGUUUUAUCAGACUUAUGCUGUGGGAGUUGAUUUGUAUCGUUCACUGGCUUUGAGUCAGUUUCUGGGUCCGCCCUUAAGCACAGAAACCCUUGUAUUUAUUGUAGAAAGAGUUUACUAGAAUUCUAGACCCUGUUUAUAAGACGGCGCUGAAGAGAGAGAAGUUGAGCUUGUACAAACUGCAGAUUUUAUCUACUUGCCUAUAACCUGUCUGAAUCAAUAUUUUCUCAUGUGGGGGAAAUAAAUGUUAUACGCAAAAUCAA